AUGGCAGAAAACAGAGAAGAAAUUCUAGCAAAUUUUCAGGGUAUAACAGCCAUAGAAGAUGUUGCUGAAGCUAUUUACCACCUAGAAGAAGCAAAUUGGGACUUGCUUGCAGCCAUAAACCGAGUGAUGCCACAGGACGGGAACAGCUCAGCCGCCAAUGACAAUGACACACACGAUGUUGAGAUGAUAGACGAUGAUAUAUCUGUGAUAACUCCAAAAACUCACCCACCAGACCGGGAAGACACAAAUCAAGCAUCCACGUCAAUGCAUGCAAAUUUUAAUGCCGCUCCCAAUCCCUUUGUAGAACUACAGGUUCAUUGUAAUAAUAAGAUACAUGAAGUCAAAAUGGCUGGGAGCUCUACUGUUGCUGACUUAAAGAAGGAAUUGGAGAAGAAAUGCGGCGUGCCGGUAUGUCGGCAACAGUUGUCGGGGCUCGGCGGGUCGCGCGCCACUAGUAACGCGACGUUGAUCAGUCUCAACCUACCCCCUAAUGCAGUGCUGCGACUCAAGGCUGCUGAAACACUUAUGGCGGAUGAUGAGGUGGCAGAAAGGUUAACCACGACGUACAUUUUGCACGUAAACGUGGAAGACAAGGAGUAUACGCUCAAGUACCCCGGCACGAAGACAGUGCAGGAAGUCAAGAAUGACAUAUACUCGCUCACAGAUAUACCAGUUAGGCAUCAGUCAUGGACAGGCUGGCCGGCAGUGCCCGGUCUAGACGAGACAGUGCUGGCCAUGGCGGGGCUGCAACUACCGCAGCACGAGCUCAGCGUGCGACGCGCGCCUGGCAAGAAGGACUAUAAGAGGGUAAAUACGAUAAUAGUGGAGAGUUCAGACAGUGAGAACAGUUCUGUGGAGGAGGUGGAGGACACGACGGAGGGCUACACCGGCGAGGACGAUAUGUUCGUUGACCUCGUCCAGACUGAGCGGUUGCAGCCACUUAUGUCCGACAGUGUAGAGGACGAGGCGUUGGGUUGUAUCGAGUUCGCGCAGCGGUUCCGCACGCGGUACGGUCCCAACACGCCGCAGUUCUUCGAGGGCACCUUGCAGGACGCCAUCAAGGAGUCCUGUCUCAAACCUGCCAAAGAGCGGAAACUCCUAGGCGUGUACUUACAUCAUGAGCAGUCUGUGCUGUCGAACGUGUUCUGUGCACAACUUCUGGGCUGUGAGGCCGUGCUACAGACACUCGCCGCCAACUUCAUCGUGUACGGCUGGGACCUUACACAUCCCGAUAAUAAUAAUAUGCUCCUAUCGUCUGUAACAAACGCGCUAGGUCCAGUGGCGAGUAUGACGAUACGCAACUUGCCAUUAGAUCGUAUGCCCGCACUGCUCAUCAUCAUGCGAGUCCGCUCAAAUACUGAGAUAUACUCCGUCAUCAAUGGUAACGUCGGUGUAUCGGAGUUGCUGGGAGGAUUAGUAGAAGCGUUGGAGCGGUUUAGCUCAGCGCGGGAGGACGAGGCCAGGCUCGAGCGGGAGCGGGACGCCAGGCAACGUGUCAAGCGGGAACAGGAUGAGGCGUACCAGAUGAGCUUAGAGGCAGACAGGGCUAAAGAAGAAGUUAAAAAGAAACAAGAAGAAGAAAGAAAUCAAGAGUUAGAACGUGCAGAAUCAGAAAGACAAAUGGAGGAAGCUAAAAAAGAGGCGGAGCGCGCGGAGGCGGCGCGGCGUGUCCCGGCGGAGCCAGCCGGCGCGGCGCCCGACGUGGCGCGCAUCCGCGUGCGUCUGCCGCCGCCGCACGACAACUGUCUCGAGCGACGCUUCCACGCACACGACACGCUCGAGGCGUUAUUAGACUUCCUCGCAUCUAAAGGUUAUCCACAACAAAGCUUUAAGGUCAUCUCCAGUUGGCCUAGGAGAGAUCUUACCCUGGAAUCUCCAAGCAGCACAUUAAAGGCUCUGAAGCUGUAUCCGCAGGAGACAGUAAUGUUGGAGGAGCGGUGA